CUACGCACCAGACAGCGCUGCCAGGAGGCAGAGCUCUGAAAACCUCGACAACGACGCCUCUCUCUCCAGUGCCCGCACUGCGUCCCAAGCUGACAGCCUUGGGCGGCCAUUAGGACGGGUCUGGAGGGGACAUCAGUGUGGACAUCUAGUUGCUGGGCCUGGGGUCACAGCCCCCUUUCUUGUCUGAGCUGGCCACUGCCCGGAGGAGCUGCGCUGUGGGCCUUAGUGUGCCACCACCUAACAGCCAUCGCGGCUGAGCCCACCUCCUUUCCCGGACAUUAGAGGACGAGGGGUGCGCAGGUCGGGGAAAGCUGGGGGCAUCCAGAUAUCCAGAGUAGAGGAGGGGCCUCUUCCCUGCGUGGAUGUGCAUGGGAGGGAUUCCAGGAAUUUAAUUUUCUUUUCUCUUUUCUUUUCUUUUGAGAUGGAGUCUCGCUCUGUCACCAAGCUGGAGUGCAGUGGCGCGAUCUGGGCUCACUGCAACCUCCGCCUCCCGGGUUCAAGCGAUUCCCCUGCCUCAGCCUCCCAAGUAGCUGGGACUGCAGGCACGUGCCACCACACCUGGCUAAUUUUUUGUAUUUUAGUAGAGAUGGGGUUUCACCAUGUUGGCCAGGAUGGUCUCGAUCUCCUGACCUCAUGAUCUGCCCGCCUUGGCCUCCCAAAGUGCUGGGAUUACAGGCGUGAGCCACCGCGCCUCGUCGAAUUUUCUUUUUUCUUUUUUUUUCUGUAGUCAUCAUCUCUCCACUCGCAGGUAGGGGAGUCAGCGUGGUUUGUAUGCGGGUGGGAGGGAUUGAGCCCCUGAAAAUGGUUAGGAUUGUCUUUGGCCUCAGCCUCGGUACACACAUCACAGGGCAAAUCAAGCAGACAGUGGUGAGUCCGCCACAGUGGGCAAAUUUCUACCCAUGCCAGACAGUGCACAGGAUCUUUUUUUUCUCUCUCUCUCUCUUCCUUUUGAGACAAGGUCCUGCUCUGUCACCCAGGCUGGAGUGCAGUGGCGUGAUCUCCACUCACUGCAACUUCCGCCUCCUGGGCUCAAGCGAUUUUCCCACCUCAGCCUCCCCAGUAGCUGGGAUUACAGGCUCAUGCCACUGACCCCCGCUAAUUUUCGUAUCUUUUUGGGUACAGAUGGGUUUUCGCCAUGUCGCCCAGGCUGGUCUUGAACUCCUGGGCUCAAGCCAUGUGCCCGCCUUGGCCUCCCAAAGUGCUAGGAUUACUGGUGUGAGCCACCUUACCUGGCAGGGCACAGGGUUUUAAAUUAAAUUUAAUUUUUGUUUUUAAUUUUUAGAGACAGAGUCCUGCUCUGUUGCCCAGGCUGGAGUGCAGUAGCGUGAUCUUGGCUCACUACAAUCUCUGCCUCUCAAGUUCUGGCGAUUCUUGUGCCUCAGCCUCCCUAGUAGUUGGGAUUACAGGUGUGCACCACCACACCCAGUUAAUUUUUUCUAUUUUUAGCAGAGACAGGUUUUGCUAUGUUAGCCAGGCUGGUCUUGAACUCCUGGCCUCAAGUGAUCUGCCUGCCUUGGCCUCCCAAAGUGCUGGGAUCACAGGCGUGAGCCACUGCGCCUGGCCUAAAUUUUUCUUCUUUAAGACGGGGUCUCUGGAACGCAGUGGCACAAUCAUAACUCACUGUAGCCUUGAACUCCUGGGCUCAAGUGAGCCUCCAGCCUCAACCUUCUAAGUAGCUGGGACUACAGGCUGGUGCGACCAUGCCCGGCUUGGCACAGGAUUUAAAUAUGGCCCUGGACAAGUCACUGGCCUUCUCUGGCCUUCCCAGGUAAGCUUGGACUUUCCGGGACGCUUCAAGUUCAAAUCAUCAGUGGUACAACUGUUGAACAAUAUGAGGAACGCUGCGGGUUACUGGGCCUGUGUGGACCCGUUUUGGAUUCUAGGCUGCGUCCUGGGCAGAAGUUGGAGGCUGGGACAACUGCAAGCAGGACAGGCAGGUGGCCAGAGGGCCCAGCAGCUUCAGCACUGAGGACUGGACUGGGUCGCCACGCCCAAAGGAAGGAUAAUUACUCACUUCCCACUCAAGAAGCAGAUGGCAGAACCGUUUUGGAGGAGCAUGGCUUGGGGCCUGGGACCUAUGUUCAUGCGGUCCAGAUGGAGGUCCAUGAGAGUUAAGAUUCUUUCUAGAUAUCAUGUAGCACUUCUGAUUACAAAACUUUUUGCACAUGGUCUCCUCUCUGCUUUACAACAGCUCAGGAAAGUAGGCCCAAACAUCCACUUUAAUAGAUGAGGGAGCUCAGAGCGGGUAACCAACCCCUCCAAGUCACACACAGCCAGGGAGGGGGUUGAGCCAAGGUUCAAACCACUACCUUGGUUGUUGCAGAUACAUCCCUGCAGACACGUUUAUUGAAGAGGGACCCUGAAGGCUGAACAGCCAACACAGAAGAGGAGGCACUUGGGAGUAAGGGUGAUUUAUGGCCCUGAGAGAGCCCAGUGCAGGUAGGAUAGGAGCUAAGGUAAGGCUGGGCCAUGCCUAGCUGCAAGCAAAUUUCCUUAAAAAACAAAAAACGUGACUUUGUCUAAACCUAAAGUUUGUGGUGGCAUUCAAGUCCCAUCAUAGCCCAUCUGUCCAGACUCAUCUGCCUGGGAUCACCAUCUUGGGACUAGUGGUCACUGGCCUGCUUCCUGGUCAAUUAGCUUCCGGGACUAGGGGGAGGUAUGAGGAGCCUAGAGUGCAAAAUUUAAGAAGCACUCACUCUCAGGGGCGUGCAGGUGCAGGGUAGCAACAGCAGGACUCUAAGAGUGAGUAUCUUUCCUCCCCGUUUCCCCUUCCUACUUUCACUCUAAGCAUUAAGUUCCCAGAGGACAGAGACGACUUCUUCAUUAGAAGACCCGGGGGGGGCCCAGCACUGAAGGGCUCACAGUUGGAGCUCAAACAUUUGCCAGUGUUCAGGCUCAUCUUUCUUUCCCCAGUGAAAAAUGGCCUAGGUUGGGAAGGGCAGGUUCCUGUCUACUGCGUGAUCCAACCGAUUCUGGUUCGCCCAAUGUCUGGACUUGCCCUUUGCCAAGAAUAAGCAGAUGAGACGGGUGGACGAACCCCAAUGUCCCUGCAAGAUUCAGGAAGUCCCAGCCAGAAAGUAAAGGACGUUUAGUUCCACCUAUUGUUUUCUUUUUAACAUGCGGGGCAACACACCUGGACAGUGUCUCGCAAGAUGGCUUGCUCCAAGCCACACGGCCGCACAGGGACAGGGACUGGGCUACAUAACAAGUUCUUCGACGCUAUGAUCUAAUCAAGGAAAACCUGGGACGCAGCUGCUAGGUGCACAUCGAGUGUAUCGACGCUCUACUUACGAGGACUGGAACACUGAGCAGGAUCAGUCCAUUGCUUUUGCCUACCUGCUGAGCGCUGAUUGGUCCCCGUUUAGGAAACGGAAAAAAAGGGCGUGCACGCGAGCUCGGCUGCGUGAGAUGCGCGCGGCGGCACGGGAAGCAGUCUCCUUCCAUAAGACCAUGGCGUCGCUCAAAUGUAGCACCGUCGUCUGCGUGAUCUGCUUGGAGAAGCCCAAAUACCGCUGUCCAGCCUGCCGCGUGCCCUACUGCUCGGUAGCCUGCUUCCGGAAGCACAAAGGGGAAUCUGCAACAUUAAGAAGCUUAUUGCUCAAUCCACACCUCAGGCAGUUGAUGGUCAACCUCGAUCAGGGGGAAGACAAAGCAAAGCUCAUGAGAGCUUACAUGCAAGAACCCUUGUUUGUGGAGUUUGCAGACUGCUGUUUAGGAAUUGUGGAGCCAUCCCAGAAUGAGGAUUCUUAAGAUGGAUUAUUAUGCUGCUUGCUCAAGCGUGUGCUUGACUCCCAGAACCUGCCUGCUCCCUCUCCCAGGAGACCAGCUAGUGGGGGUGGGGGGGGGGGCGCUCAGGCAAAAGAGGUUUGCAGGAUGCAGACUAGGUUAUGCAGGCCUUUACCGGCAUUGAUGUGGCUCAUGUUUCAGGCAGACAUGGGGUCCUUAAGGUGGCAAGUCCUUUAUGGAGAGAAAACUUGACAUUCAGAUGGUUGUUUUUAAAUGUUUUACUUUUGGUACAGUUGAUAGACAUCAUAAAUGAUAUCAAGCUUUACACUUCAUAUGGAGUUAAACUUGGUCAGUGUUAAUAAAAUCAAAAGAUGUGGUGA